GAGCUGAUGACCUGGAUGUUUAGCAGCGAUUGGCAGCAAUUUUGUUGGAGUUCCCUUAUUUCCCCUUGAUGUUCAAAACACCGCGCCUAGUCCCUUUCUGCAUGAGAUAUCCCCUGUUUUCUUCCAUCCCAUGUAUUCUCUCAACGUACGGGUCGGCAUCUUGUUGGUCUGCUUUACCCUAUUUGUCUCUACAAAAAGCUGGGUCAAAAGUUUGGAUCAUGUUUCUGGGUGCCUACUUUGUACAGGAAAGAAAAAGUUUUGCGAAUACCACACCCCCUUUGUUUUUUUUUAUCUGAGCGUCCGUCCCGCCAGCACACGAUUCCUAUACCACUAUGUUAUCUCUUUCAACUCGCUUUCUUUGCCUAGAUAGCCUCUUUCUGCAUGUGUUUCGUUCUUGAUAGCCUCUUUUUUUCCCUUAAGCAUAGCGUCAUGUUGAUCA